AUGGCACCCCCCAUCGAGCUCUCCAUCCCCUCUACCAUCGUCUCCUCAGAUCCAGCCAGCAAACCCUACACCCUCUACAACAUCUCCCUUCGCCUUCCCCUCCGUACAUUCGUCAUACAAAAACGCUACUCCGAAUUCUGUACCCUACACAGCCAACUUACGUCUUUGGUCUCCUCCCCACCCCCCGCACCUCUCCCCGCAAAAUCCUGGUUCAAAUCGACAGCCUCGUCCCCCGAGCUCACAGAAACUCGGCGUGUGGGACUCGAAGCCUAUCUGCGAGCCGUAGCCGAGAGUCCAGAUAAGCGCUGGAGGGAGACGAGCGUGUGGAGGAGUUUUUUGAACUUGCCUUCGAGCAGUGGGAGUGGAAGUAGUGCGAAGAACGAACUGGUGCAGGCGAAUCAGCGGUUGGGUGUACUGGGUGCUGGACAUGUUGCUUCGGAUCCGGGAGUGUGGCUGGAUUUGCAUAGGGAGAUGAAGGGGCAGCUGCAUGAUGCGAGAUUGUUUCUAGGGAGGAGGGAUGGAGCUACGACCCCGCAAGCGCAACAUGAGGCUGGGGCAAAUGCGAAGAGGUGCCUUGUUAAGGCUGGAGGCUUAAUGGCUAAUCUGGAGGAGGGUUUGAAGAUCAUGAGUGAGGGAGAAAAGAGAGGCACCGAGGGGAAGGUCGGAGCGGGAGAGUUGAGGAGACGCAGAGACUUACUGGGUAGUGCGAGAGUCGAAAGGGAAGGCUUGGAGAAGCUGGCUGUGAGUCUUGCGGUGAAGGGUCAGCAUAAGGGCAGCGGUAACGGAAGCGCGGCUGCUACACAACAGGAUAAGAAUGCCCUAUUCGGACCAAAUGUAAAUCGACCCUCCGGUCGAGUCCUCGGAGCGCCCGUACCAGAGACGGACAAGACGCGCGAGUUGGAUAAUGAAGGCGUUGUACAGUUGCAGAAGCAGAUGAUGCAGGACCAAGAUCUAGAUGUUGAGGAAUUGGCUAAGAUCGUGCGGAGGCAGAAGGAGAUGGGACUGGCAAUACAUGGCGAGCUGGAGCUACAGAACGAGAUGCUGAAGAGAGUUGAUGAGGAUGUGGAUCGUGUGGGUAGAAAAAUCCAAGUAGCAAAGAAAAGGGUUGGUAAAAUCUCUUGA